CGGGUGAUUUUAUGCGUGAGAAGAAAAGUUUAUCUCUUGAAAAUGACGAUUACAACAAGCUGCUUUGAAAAAAAGAACGAGAAACAUCUUUCUUUUGCAAUUUUCUGUUGCGCCUUGCCUCCAAGCGGCCGCCGGCAGAAGCUUAAAUUUGACGUCAUGAAACCCUCGCGCGCGCGCGCGCGGCCAGGGCCAGCCAAAGCCGUCGCAGUCUUUCCGGAGUGUCGGUCGCUUGCCGCGUUUGUUUACCGCUAUCGGCGAUCUUCGCACGUGGUCCGUCGGAAACGUUAUCCCCGUCGGCGCUCCACGCAUGUAGUGCGUUACACGUGUGUUCCCACGGUCGUCGAUUGGUAUCGACGCAUUCGUCGCGGUGGAAGGAAAUGCCCAGACACUGCUGCGCCCAAGGCUGUUAUAACAGCAUCGUCGGUCGUGACUCGCCGUCACACACGUUUCCCAGAGACGAGAAGGUGCGUAAACUUUGGAUACGUGCCUGUCAGCCAUCACGCCCAGCCUGGAAACCUCUAAAAAAUGACUUCAUUUGCGCGGACCACUUCGUCGACGAUGAUUAUGCGACAAGCCCGGCUGUGCUGAAAAGCCUCGGCAUGCCGCUCAAAGGGCAGCGCCUAAAGCCUGACGCUGUGCCCUCGGUCUUCUCACGAAAACGCAAGGCAGGAAGGAUCAGCGGCGCGUUUGAAAAGAGGAGACGAAAAGAGAUCAUUAGCUCGGCCACCGCUUCGUACGAGUCCAAGCUUGGUGAAACCGUGCAGCUUCGACAUGACAUGCCUGUGGACAGCGAUGCCACAGCUGAAGUGGGUGCAUAUGUGGAGAUCAACGCGCCGGUCUGGGCUGCUGAAGCUUCUGAGCUGGUAAGAGCUCCAUACAAUGGCCCAUCGGGGUACCGAAUCGGUACCAGUGAAGUGAUGACACAAACGGAGGAUAGCAGAAUGCAGAGGGAGCCACAGGACGAGCAUGCAUAUGCAUCCAGGUGGCAUGCUCCAACAUACGCUUCUACGGCAACUGCAAAACAUUUCGAGGAAGUGUUUUUCAUUUCAGGCACCCAGGUCAACUUGUUUCUAUUCAAAUCUGAAAAGAGGCAUCGUGGAACGCAAGUGGACCUUGACAUGGAUCAGGACUACAUGAACAUGAAUGUGACUACGGGUAGAGGCAUUCUAAGAAAAAUCAUUCCAAUACGUUUUCCGGGUUACAACUGCAGGAUUGGACAAUCUAGCCGCUCUUUCUCUUCAUAUGGCCGGCGGAGUGGGUCCACCAAUUUGAGGUAAUCUUCGCCACGGAGGAGCUUUUGCGAUUGACAAAAGGCUGCAGGCCAUGUGAUGUUCAUGCCGUCCGAAUGGAGAACACCACGGGAUGUGUGUCGAACAGUGAACGGCACCUAUGUGAUGCGCGUGCUGCGUACAGUUGCAGCAGACGACAGGGUGCGUGUCGAACAGCAGAUAUGAUGGCAGUACAGUGAGUGUUUAGAAUGAAAGAAUGCCAUCUGCCCUUGGUCAGGGCAGUACAUUAAAGAACGAGACCUCGUUUUUGUUUGCUG